AUGGCAUUCAGGAGACAAGUGAAAAACUUUGUGAAAAAUUACUCAGAUGCUGAAGUAAAAGUCAGGGAAGCAACUUCGAACGACCCUUGGGGUCCCUCUAGUUCUCUGAUGUUAGAUAUCAGUGACUUGACGUUCAAUACAGUUUCUCUCUCAGAGAUUAUGAAUAUGCUGUGGCAGAGACUGAGUGACCAUGGGAAGAACUGGCGCCAUGUGUAUAAAUCCCUUACGCUAAUGGAUUAUCUCAUUAAGAAUGGAUCAAAGAAAGUCAUCCAGCAUUGCAGAGAGGGGUUCUGUAACCUUCAAACACUAAAAGAUUUUCAACACAUAGAUGAAGCUGGAAAAGACCAAGGUCAUUACAUUCGCGAGAAGUCUAAGCAAGUCAUAACAUUGCUGAUGGAUGAACAGUUGCUAUAUAAAGAGAGGGAAGUGGCAUGUCGGACUAGACGGCGAACCUCCUACUCUAUGACAUUUCCUAAAAAAUUACCUGGUACGGGUAACUCACCAACAGCAUGUGCUUCUGCCCCUACACCAGAAGUUCCUGCUUCAGAGAAGAAGCAUAAGCUUCUUAAGGUUGCAAGGCUGCGUAAUAAAAAAAACUCUUCCAAGGCGGGAUUGAAACAAGAGCACUGCCAAGACAGUCUGUUGCCUACAGGAACUGUGUUGUCCCAGGAAACACUUCCAUUCAAGAUUAAUGCUUGGAAAUCAACAGACGACCUGAUACUAUUUUAUGAUGAAGAUCCAAAGCCACUUUUGCCAGCAAUACCUCCUUCCGUUAUCCCUUCAGCUACAUUGUUGUCAGAAGGGGGACCAGACGUUUGUAACCUUUUGGAUGCAGACACUCUGCUUACUUCUUCAGAAAAAAGCCCAUCUCUGCAGACAAAUGUGAGUUUGGACAAGAGAUCAGACAGUACCAAUACUGUUAUGAACAGUAUAACGGAAGACCCCUUGCAAACACCUCUAGAAAAGCAAUCAGCUGCAAAAAGUUUUGAAACAUUGAUAACUUUACCAGCAUUUUGGUCAUCAAGUAAAGAAUUUAUCAGUCACAAUUUAAGGAUAUCCAAGUCAGAUUCUACUUUCCAUAACCAGACCUCUGUUGAGACACUCUAUGUCUCUCCCUCUUUCAAAAUAUUUGACCCAGCAAAGGAGAUUGUGAUCAGUAAGGACUGUCAUAAACCAACACAAUCCAGCAUUGUACAGUUGGAUGAUGAAAACCUCAAGACAACCACGUGGGUUUCAACUACCUCUGAGGAACCAUCUUCCUUUUCUACUUUAUCCAUGUCAUCUCCUGAUUCAUCCUCUCCAGAGAAGUCGGUUCAUCUCUUACCCCCAAUUCUGGCCAGACCUUCCUUCUGGACUUUGCCCCAUCAACAGUUCUCUUUUGCUCCCUUUAAAGAUGGAGAUAAGACAACCAAGCUUCAUCACCCCUUUGCUCCUAGGGGCCCAGUGUCUUCUGAUGAAGAGGAAAGUGGCAACCUCAACCAACUGGAAAUUCUUCCAGAUAACUCUGAUUCUGCUAAAAAGACAAGUCAUGGAUCUAGCAAUAAUUGGGUAGAGUUUUCCACCCCAAAUGUAGACCACUUCACCUCUCUGUCCUGUUCUAGUUUUCCAAUAACCAAAGGCCUGCCCAGGGAACCUGAAGCAAGCAAUUCCAUUAUGGUUCUUCUAGGGGAGGUCAAAAGUGCAAUAGUUCGACUCCACGAAGACCUGAGCACAGUGAUACAGCAGCUGGGUACCAUCAGCAGCCAUCUGGGAAGUGCGAGUGGGAAUAGUCCAUCCAAAAGCCAAUCUUUGGAGGUCCCCCAGUUUUCUGAGGGGAGCUCACAUCAAAUCUAA